AUGUUGCCACGAGAUCUGUCGCCGUCGAGCGCGGCGGCGCUGGUAGCCUCCCUCCUCAUCCUGCCACAGACGGUGUCGGCAUUUUAUCUUCCGGGCGUGGCGCCGACGUCGUACCGACCUGGCGAUACGGUUCCCCUCUACGUGAACACGAUACAGCCGAUCGCUGCCCCGCAAGAUGCGCGGCUGCACUCGAUCGUGUCCUACGACUACUACCUGUCGCAGCUCCAAUUCUGCCGGCCAGAAGGUGGCCCCAAGCACGUGGGCGAGAGCUUGGGCAGCAUCAUCUUUGGCGACCGCAUCAUGACAUCGCCGUUCGAGCUCAAGAUGGGCGUCAACGAGAAGUGCAAGCCGCUGUGCGCGACGACGUACGAGAAGGACUCGGCCGAGUUCAUCAACAAUCUGAUCGAGGAGGGCUACAGUCUGAACUGGCUCGUGGACGGGCUUCCGGCGGGCCAGGAGAUCGUCGACGAAGUGACAGACACGGAGUUUUACAGCCCCGGCUUCCUCAUCGGGCAGGACGGCGGCGACAAUACGAUCGCCUUCAACAACCACUACGACAUCAUCGUGGAGUAUCACGAGGUCAGCGGCAACCCGGACCAGCUGCGGGUGGUGGGCGUGCUUGUGCAGCCCAGCUCGCUGGACUAUGCGGACACUAACUCGGUGGACUGCGCGCUGGAGCACCGGCCGCUCGUGCUGGCGACCGGGGCCGGCAGCCAGACAAAGGUGCAGUACACGUACUCGACGUACUGGACGCCGUCCAAGACGGCGUGGGCAACGCGCUGGGACAAGUACCUGCACGUCAUCGACCCCAAGAUCCACUGGUUCUCGCUCAUCAACUCGGCCGUCAUCGUCGUGUUCCUCGUCCUGACGGUCACGUCCGUGCUGGUGCGCACGCUGAGGAAGGAUAUCGCCCGCUACAACCGGCUGGACCAGAUCAACCUGGACGAUCUUUCGGGCAGCGGCGGAUUCGACGACGGCGUGCAGGAGGACUCGGGCUGGAAGCUGGUGCAUGGCGAUGUGUUCCGCACGCCGGCGCGGCCGCUGCUGCUUUCCGUCUUCCUCGGCAACGGCGCCCAGCUCUUUGUCAUGACUGGCUUCACCAUCCUCUUUGCCCUGAUGGGCUUCCUCUCGCCGUCGAACCGCGGGUCGUUGGGCACGAUCAUGAUCCUGCUGUACACCGUGCUCGGAUUUGUCGGGGGCUACUCGUCUGCACGCGUCUACAAGUCUUUUGGCGGCGAGCAGUGGAAGCUCAACAUCGGGCUCACGCCGCUGCUCGUGCCCGGCUUCGUCUUUUGCAUCUUCUUCCUGCUGAACCUCUUUCUCUGGGCGAAGCAGUCUUCGGGCGCCGUGCCCUUCACCACCAUGCUGGUGAUCAUCAGCAUCUGGUUUGUCAUCUCCGUGCCCCUGUCCUUUGCUGGCUCGUGGCUCGGCUUCCGCUCGGCAGCUAUUGAGGCCCCGGUGCACACGAACCAGAUUCCGCGACAGAUUCCUCCCACGACGACGUACCUGAAGCCUAUCCCGAGCAUGCUCCUGGUCGGCAUCCUGCCGUUUGGCGCCAUCUUUGUGGAGCUCUACUUCAUCAUGAGCAGCAUCUGGUUUAGCAAGAUUUACUACAUGUUCGGCUUCCUCUUCCUGUGCUACGGCCUGAUGAUCAUCACAUGUGCGGCCGUCACCGUUCUCAUGGUGUACUUCUUGCUCUGCGCCGAGAACUACCACUGGCAGUGGCGGUCAUUCUUGGCUGCAGGCACGACGUCUGUGUACAUCUUUGCCAACGCCAUCAUCUAUUGGGUUAGUAAGCUGAGCCUCAGUAAUAUGUCGGGAAGUGUGCUCUACGUCGGCUACACGCUCCUGAUCAGCUUUCUAUUUUUCGUCCUGGCCGGAUCGAUCGGCUUCUUCUCCAGCUGGUGGUUUACCCGGCGCAUUUACUCGAGCAUCAAGGUGGAUUAA